CCGCAAUCUCUUCAGUAAACGAUAUCUAUAAAGCAUGUUGCUCCCUCAGGUUCGACGAGAUUUGGUCUUCACCGCCUCGUCGAUGGCCACUUUGCUUCCGGGCAGCUUCGUUGGACUGGAUUUCCGUGUGAGCAGUGACACGCCGACAGGUCCGAACCACGGUGUAAGUCAUGGUGUCGUUGGCCGAAAUUGGGCGCCGCCGAGCCAUGGCCUCGGCCAUUGUCUGUGGGUUUCUGGCACGCCCCAUUCAAGCCGCACGGCACUCCAACAGUUCUGAGGAUCCAUUCGAGAUACUUGAUCCUCAGAAUUGGGUCAACCCAGACAACAUGACAUGGGAAGACUUCAAGGCACCACCCGGCACGGGUUGGGCAGACCCUUCGCGCUCGGGCUCAAUCCGUGACUUUGAAAUCGCCCUCAUCGCUGUCGACUACUCAGACACGCCUUUUGUUGUCACCCAGGAGCCCGGAUCAACAAUCUACGGGAACCCGCAGCCGGAGUCGGUGGUUGUUGACCGUGCAGACGUGCCAACCUACUACCACGACCUGCUCAACAAGCCUGGCGCGUUGAAUCGCGGUCACACUCUUCACGAGUACUGGAUGGGCGACUCGCUCGGUCGCUAUGGCGUGAACCUGUCAACGUAUGGGCCCUACCAGAUGCCAGGCAGGUCAUGGCAGUAUGGCGUCGACACCGAGGACUUCAAUCCUGGCGCUUGCCCGGAGUUUGGCGCCUGUAUCCUCGACCUCCGCACUGAUGCUUUCGCCGCAUGGCGUGCAGACGUAGGCAACAUCACGGCCGGCUCUUUCGAGCUCGUCUUCAUCCUCUCCGCCGGCCAGGACGAGUCAUCCACCUGGCAAGAGUUUGGCGAGAUGAAGUUCCCGGCCAAAGAGGACAUCCCCGACGAGUUUGGCCCGCCGGACAACGAAACCCUUCCCAACUGGGCCGAGACGCGCUACGUCGAUUGGACGUCGUGGGCCGCUGCGUCGAACAUCUGGCCCAACGCUGGAGGCGGCUCUUCGACUCAGGCGGAGAGCUCAGGCAUGUCUACUUACGCUCACGAGUUCUCACAUCUCUUAUCGAUAGGAGAUAAUUAUAAUAACCCAUACAGCCAACCACCACGACGAGCCUACACUGGCCCAUACAGCAUGAUGGAUCGUGGAAGUUUCAACGGCCCCGGUGGUCCGCACACACGUUGGCAGAUUCCUGCCGUUCAAGGUGGCUCUAUGGGCUCGCUGCACACGGUGCGGGACAAGUCGCAGUUGGCACUGAUCAGCAACUCAAGUGUGCUACAACUUUCUCGAGAGGCUCUGGCGUAUUCGGGCCUCGUUGUGGCUAACCUGACGGCCCGUGCCGUCGACCCGGGCGAGGGGCUGAUGGGCAUCCGCGUUGUCAUGGAUUCCGACCUGUCGCCAUUUUGCAAUAUCUCCACUGAUGCACUCUGCGAUGGAGGCAGCUAUGACAACUAUCAUGUUGAGGUUGUGGACCGUAUGGGGGCCGACUCGUUUACCCCUGACUCGGGCGUCAUGAUCAGCAAAACUAGAGACGACGACAGUAUUCAACCCUUCCAGUGGGUUAUUGAUGCGAACCCACAAGACAUCGAGCUCAUUGAUUUCUACCGACCGAACGGCUCUGUCGCCAUGAUCACCGUAGGGGAUUAUCGGCAGCUGGCCGAUGCUCUGUUCCACGCAGGCACCCGGUCGGGCAGUGAAUAUGAGUUUGUUGACGAGGCGAACCGGUUGCACUUUUACGUACUCAAUCUUCACCGCGAUGCUAGUGGCGUUCUCUCAUACACCACUGCUGUUCGGUCCCUGGAUGGAAAUGCCACGUCCAGCACACAUGGCGUGACCCUGACGGAGGGUAAAGUCACAGGCGGGAACCCUGCCGGAGCUGGUGUGAGUUGCGAAUUCACAUUGAAAAACACCGGAACCUACUCACCCGACAGUCCGGAAAGUCCUCAACACCCGCAAGACGUGUCUGCCUGGCUCACGUCGGAUGUGUACCGGCUCAAUGCCACGGUUGAAGGGAGCGGCUGGCGCAUUGAGCUUCCCAAUGCGUUGGCCACGGCGAACUUCGGUGCUUCUAGCACCGUGAAAGUGGCCGUAGCCGCCGCUAGUGAUAGUACGUCAAGAGGCGUGGUCACGCUUUCUGUCAUCUCAGAGUCUGAUGAGUCCGUUGCGGCCACCGCAGAAUGCGAAGUGAGCAAAUGAUGUGUAGAUUGACCUGCCUUUGGGCCUUUGGUAAUAGAACCAGACAAUAUCAUAUGGCUCUUAAGCUUCCUUUCGCUCAUAAAUGAAUAUUGUGACUUGUGUGUAAUUGGACCCGCGGUUUGUCACGUCAACCCUUUGGGGGCCGCCUCUAACAGCAUCCUCUCAUACCAGACUCCUUAGUCUACUUGAGAUGCCUCA